AUGAAUUUGUUGUUAACUGACGAUAUAGUGAUAUGGAUUCCGAUUCACGAAAUCAAUAACCCGGCGUAUACUAAUAUGAAUUAUUUGAUUUUCAAUGUUGUCUAUCUUCUACUGCUAUUUAUUUCCGCAUACUUCACAGUUAUUCUAGUGAUGACGUCAUGGCGAAUAAGGAAGUUCCAUAAGAAUAUGACUAUUUGUUUUAGCUUUUAUUUCGGGGCUUGGUUCGAGUGUUGGCUUGGAUUGGUGUUGGUAUGGCCGUAUAAGAAUGGCUUGGUCUUGGUGGAAGACACUCACAUGAAGUUCACCAAUUUUGAGACAUCGGAUCGCACGAUAAUGGCACAUAUCACCAAGUACCCCGAGACCACAUGUCUUUUGUUCGGCUCAUUCUUAAUAUGGCACUAUCUCGCGUCGACUGUGGCGGGAAUGUGCAAUUUUGUCAUCGAAAGGGCGAUUGCGUCGUUCUUUUUCAGCGAUUACGAGAAAAAGCAACGCAGCUACCUGGGCUACACUCUACUCGCCACAUCUCAAUGCUGUUGUAUUCAAGGAUCCAUUCUCGUGUUCUUCUACUUUUUCUCCCUGAAGCCUGUGCUUAUCAUUAGCACCAUCUUAUUAAGCUGUGUAAUUUUGACAUUUUUCCUCCUUCUCCAGUACAACACUUCCCUGCGGAACCGGCUGGACUUAAAACAGAUCGAACUUUCGUACAGCCUUGCCGCCAGAUUCCAGGCGGCUGAAAACGCGCGGUCCCUGAAACUCGCGGUUUUCGUGUUCGCUGUGAUUUGUUGUAUAUUUGUGUUGGCGAUUUCUACUAUGGGUAUUCUAUUUUUGCAAUUGCUGCCGGAUUAUUAUGAUGUGGCGAUUAUGACCAUUUUCGAGUGCCUUGUUUCUUUAAACCCUCUCUUCAUUGUCCCGGCUGCAAUGUUCUCGGUGCCCGAGUGGAAAAUCGCCUUCUACAAGCACAUGCCUUUUGUCGGGCGCCGACACAGACACCGUAAUCCCGAUAGUAAAAUAAUGGACCACGACUUGCGAGUCAGCAUGGAAACUAACUUGUAUUUUGUGCAACUUGAAGAUGCCUGGAGGAGUUAG